AUGAGUGGGAGAGGAAAAAGGACCGCGGAGAGUGGUGAUGAUGAAGAGCAGCCGCCUGAUAAGAAAAGACCUGCUUUAGCUAGGUAUCUUCUAUUUCUUAGUAAAUUCAAUUUCAAGCUGUCUGUACUUGGUUCUUCUGGCCAGAAUGCUAGAGCAUGUAAUAUUCAUACCAAAUUGCAAGAUAAUGCUGUGAGCAUUGCAGAACAAAUGUUAACAAUUGACAGUGUUUCAACUGCAACUGAGAUGUCCAACUUCUCCAUACUGAGAUUCUUGGAGAAAACAAUUACAAUAGAUUUGGUGGGUGGCUGGGAAAUAACUCUACAUUGGGAAAGAAUUGGAGACUGGAUCUGCAUGUUCAUCUUCUUGCAUCUCAUGAAUCCAAUUUGGGAAGGUACGUGUUACACAUUUAUUUUGGAUGAUCCCCACAAGACUAAGCAAGGGGCAGCUGCACUUGCUCGUUUGAAGGUUUAUGAGGGUAUCCCACCACCAUAUGACAAGACAAAGAGGAUGGUCAUUCCUGAUGCUCUCAAGUGUUUUCAAUAG